AUGGCCACUGAGAUUCUUGCCAAGAGGGUUGAGACCUUGGAAGCUGCGCUUGAAAAGCUCUCAGCGGAAUCGGAGGUGCGAAAAUUACAGAACAUAUACGGAUAUUACCUGGACAAAUGCUUGUAUAAAGAGGUGACAGAUCUCUUCUCAAACCAUCCCGAUGCCUACGUGCAGUUCUUGAACGGGCGCUUCCGAGGCAAGGAAUCGAUCCGUCGACUCUACAUUGGGCGUUGGUCGAAUUAUUUCGUCGGCGGACGAAACGGCCCAAUCGAGGGCUGGCUUCUCGACCAUCUCAUCGCGCAGGACGUUGUAGAUUUCCAGCCCGGCACAAACAUUGUCAAAUAUCGCGGUCGAACCCUGAUGAGUGCCGGCACCCACAAGAGCCUGCCCGCCGAGUACCCCGGUGGCCAUCGUCAAUGGUGGGAAGGAGGCGUCUACGAGAACGAGUUCAUCAAGGAGGACGGCGUCUGGAAGAUCUUCCGGCUUCGGUAUUAUCCGUUCUGGCACGGCAAUUUCGAGGAGGGUUGGAAGCACGCACAGGAGUUUGUGCCUCUGUUCGAAGAGGUCUACCCGGCGAAUCAGGGGGGGCCCGAUGAGCUAUGCGAGGGGGAGAUGCUGUGGCCGGACACGAGGGUGGUGCCUUUCCACUACCCGCAUCCUGUUACUGGGGAGCAUGUGGCGGAGGAGGACAUGCAGGCACCGAAGUGGCGCCAGCCGGCGAGCACUGCACUGCCGGCAAGGACCAUUACUGACUGGUCCGUUUGA